CCCGCCGUAGCGCCCCGCCAGGCCCGGGCCAUAAAGCGGCUGCGGGCGGCCCGCUGCCCGAGCCAUGGGCGCUACUGGGUGGAGGACGGUGGUCGGCCUGGGGGCGGUCGGGGCCGUCUGCCUGCUGCUGGGCGGCUGCCUGCUGCUGGCGGGGCCCGCUAUCAUCAAGAUGCAGGUCUUCAAGAAUGUGAGGAUUGAUCCCAGCAGCAUCGCCUUCAACAUGUGGAGGGACAUCCCUGUUCCUUUUUAUCUGACGGUGAACCUCUUUGAAGUGCAGAACCCUCAAGAGGUCCUCCAGGGAGCAAAGCCAAAGGUGGCCCAGCGUGGACCGUAUGUUUACAGAGAGUUCAAGUAUAAAACAAACAUCACUUUCCAUGACAACGACACAGUCUCCUACCUGGAGUACCGGCAGCUCUUCUUCCGGCCCGACUUGUCCAACGGCACCGAAGAUGAGUACAUAGUGAUGCCCAACAUCUUGAUGUUGGGAGCAGCUGUCAUGAUGGAAAACCUACCCAGUUUUGUGAAGUUCUUGCUGAGUGGGGCCCUGGCUGGCCUGAAGCAGGAGGCCUUCAUUAACCGGACAGUGGGGGAGAUCUUGUGGGGCUAUGAAGACCCUCUUUUAGACACAAUAAAUGCCCUUGUCCCUGGCCUGAUCCCAUUCAAGGGAAAAUUUGGCAUAUUUGUGGAGUUUAACAACACCAAUUCUGGAUUGUUCACAGUGAAUACAGGCAUGAAGAACAUCAGUCAAGUUCAUAUGGUGGAUUCAUGGAAUGGCUUGAAAAAGGUGAACUACUGGCGAAGCAAUCAGUGCAACAUGAUCAACGGGACUGCAGGGGAGAUGUGGCCACCAUACAUGUCCCCAACAUCACUGGAGUUCUACAGCCCCGAUGCCUGCAGAUCCAUGAAACUGGUGUACGAGCAGUCGGGACAGUUCAAGGGGGUGCCCACCUAUCGCUUCGUGGCACCGAAAACGCUCUUUGCCAAUGGCACAGAUUAUCCCCCCAACGAAGGCUUCUGUCCCUGCAGGCAGUCUGGCAUCCAGAACGUCAGCUCCUGCAGGCUAAAUGCACCGAUGUUCAUCUCCCACCCUCACUUCUACAAUGCUGACCCAAGCCUGGUGGAUGCUGUGGAAGGCCUGCAUCCCAGCAAGGAGGAGCACGCGCUCUUCCUUGACGUGCACCCGAUGACAGGCAUCCCCAUGAAUUGCUCCAUCAAGCUCCAGCUGAACCAGUACAUGAAGCAGGUGUCUGGUAUCCUUCAAACAGGGAAGAUUCAGCCAGUGGUGAUGCCGCUGCUGUGGUUUGCAGAGAGUGGAUACAUUGAUGGCUCAGUCCUAUCGCAGUUUUACACCAACCUGGUGCUGAUCCCAUCCAUCCUAGACUACCUGCAGUACAUCUUCCUCGGGCUCAGUGUCCCGCUCAUCAUCUCAGCUGCACUCAUGAUGAUGAGUCAGAAGUCUGCCAAGGAGAAGCACCCACACGACCCCACCACGCAGAGUCCCCAGCCCUCUGAGACCACACCGCUCCUCCAGGACACCUGCAUACAGAGCCACGACACCGCCGAGGCCUGAGCUUGGGAUGGGAACUGCUUCAGAUCACCACCAUUCUCCAGAAGGGGACGAGUCCUGGGCAGCCCCACGGAGGCACAGGGAGUGCACGGCCGGAAAGGCCUUGUCCAGGAACCCAAAACACAGUGUGUGAGGGGCCUUGGCCAGACUGUGCUCAUCACAGCCCUCUCCCCCCGUGGGCAGGCAGGGCUGAAAGCAGCUGCUGGCUCAUCUGUUGUUUUGCAAUGUAAAACUGCCUACUGCCAGGAAUAAAAGGCACUUUAAUAGGAGCCCUUAGAAUAAAUAAGGUUUGUAUAAGUA